UAUCGACAACGAUAUGCGUCAUCACAGUGGUCAAAAUGUAGUGGACAACAAAAUUAAUUUGCAGUUUUCUGUUCAAACCAAAUAACCUAUCUCCACCUGUUAAGUUAACCAAAUACAGUCGAACCAAGUUGAGCUAAGUUGAUGUCUACUGAACCAAUGCAUUGCUUGCCAUGACUUUUGAAAUGCUUAAGUCCGCCGCACAAAGAAGUCGACGCCUGAGCACAAUAUCAUGUUCACUACUCUGGGCGCCAGGAAGUCAGCAAGUGAAGAUCGUCUCGGAUUCAUUUGUCCCCUCGCACCAGGAGUCGCAUUAAGCCGUAACGUUCUUUAUGUAUUUAGUUCCCCCGGGUUUAAGCAGGAGUCCAUAUCACUCUGGGAGUCUGUACUUGUGUAUGUGUCAUACUCGGGAAGAAACCUUUUCCCGAAUCUUUGUUUGUUUUUCAUUUACUUAUAGAUCGUUUUCCACGAAGAAAAAGAUUAUUUUGUUUUCGUUACAUUGAGAUAACAAUGCUUUGCCGUAUAAUUGUUUGAGUAUUUUGACUGGGCGUUUCAAAGUGCAUGAGGGAGUGAAGACUCUAAAGAGUCUGAUCACGCGCGGGGAUCAGUUUCUAAAAAUAGAUGCGGAAAAGAAUUCAAUUCAAGGUUUGGUGUGGCUGACGGAUGCGACAGUUUCCUGAUUUGGCCCCAGUCCAUUCAGUCUGCCUGUUUUGCUUUUUCUUUACUCUCCUUACCCCUCGAGGGCUUCCCACAGUCCUUUCUUCCCUUCGACGAGCACGCGCGUUUUCGUUCAUCGCGGCCCUCGUAGCGGGUUGUCUGUUUGGGACGAGCUGGUAGUUUAUUCAGGGCAGGGACUUUCAUCACCUUCGAGGUGAGUUUAGAUCAGUCAUUGCAUCAUUUCUAUAACUACACAACUCUCGCACAAGAACUUCCAGGUUAGAUUGGAAAAGCAAAGUAUCAAAAUCCCCUAUGUCGUCCCCAGUUCCCCGCGGCGCGGCUGCUGCUUGGUAACCUCGCUUUCGAUGUUGAACCGCCUGGUGGUUAUUGCAGGGUGAGGAGCAGUAGGCGAUUUUCGUGAUUUUUACUCCGUGAAAAUAGUAGGAAUAAAAGAGAAACAUGUCGUCAGAAAUAGAUAAUCUGGUUGAAAUGGGGUUUCCACGUAACAGAGCGGAAAAGGCGCUUGCUGUGAGUGGUAACAGAGGUAUUGAAGCCGCUAUGGAAUGGUUAUUUACCCAUUCAGAGGAUCCUGACAUUGAUGAACCUUAUAAACCACCAGUUGGACAUGUGCUAGGAAAAGAAGAGUCAGCCACUCCUGGAGCUGAAGAUGAGAGUUCAGAAAAAGUUCCGGUUGAGAACUCUGAACAGCCGUCAGACACUGCAAGCCCCACUGAAGAGCCCAAGCAAGCUUUGUCUCUAGUUUGUGAUGAUUGUGGUAAAAGACUCAGGAGUGAGAAUGAUGUUCAGCUCCAUGCAGCGAGGUCAGGGCAUUCCAACUUUUCUGAGUCAACAGAGGAAAUCAAACCACUCACUGAAGAAGAAAAGAAGCAGCAGUUAGAAAAGAUACAACAACGGCUCAAGGAAAGAAAAGAACAGAAGUUAGCAGAGGAAAAAAAGAAUGCUUUAGAAAAAGAGAAAAGCCGUCGGAAGAUGGGGAAAGAAAUGACAAGCAUAAAACAAAAGAUGGAAUUACAAGAAGCGCAAAAGAUAGCCAAUGAAAGAAAGAGGGAAAGAAUGGAGGAAAGACUGGCGAGGCAAAGGGUCAAGGACCAGAUAGCGAGAGACAGAGCAGAACGAGCCGAAAAGUUUGGUAAAGGUGGAACAGACCUACGGUCAGACAAUGCUGCAGCAUCAGCAAUACUUGCUCAACCGGUUCAACCUGCUGCUGCUGCUGUGGAGAAAAAGCAACAUACGACUUGCAAACUUCAGUUUCGUUUAACGAAUGGCAGUACAAUCACUGGGACGUUCCAGGCCACGGACACGCUGGAGACAGUUCGUAGCUACGUACAUGAAAACCGCACCGACGGCUCGGCGCCUUUCAACUUGAUGACCACCUUUCCGAGAAAAACCUACACCGACGGAGACCUGGGAACGAGUCUACAAGAGGCUGGGCUCGUGCCCUCAGCUGUGUUAAUUUUAACCAAGUUAUAAAUGGCAAGGAACGUUGAUACAUUUUACUUUUAUUGGUUUUGGGACGGUUAUCCAAAGAAAACUUUCACUGGAUAUAAAUUGUUGAGCUGAACGUUCGAGCAAACCUCGUGGAUUAGAAUUUAGAGAAAUUCUAGCGUCGAAUAGAGCAGGAAUUCUCGCUUUGGCUGAAACCGUCUGAAACAGAAUCGUUCUCGAUCCUGAAAACCUCAUUUGUCCCAUCGUGUUGGUUCUCAAAUCCUUCGCAAUCAUUUUGAAAUACGGAAGGAAGUUCGCUUAAGGAAGUUAGCUUAAGGUGUUAAAGUAGCUCAGUCACGGUAUUUCGAGUAAUUUCGCCACGUACAAAAUUGCCUUUAAAUUGAAGGAAACCUGAA